UAUUCUGUCUCAGGAAAGAAGGAGCUGCAGAAGAAAUUCUGCUUGCUGGAUUAUUUCCCUGCUGGAUAGUUUCAUAUUAAAUGUAAAGACAAGAUAAAGAUACUACAUUCGGACAGACAGAAUUAUAGGGAUCGUAAAGCUAUUCUGAACAAGAACAUGAGCGAUAUAAUUGGAACUGAACAUGGAAGGAGUGACAAGUGUUAUUUGUUUGCAAAAAAACUGCAAUUUACUGCAAAUGAAAAUCUGGCAGUUGAACGAAGUGACAUUAUCCAUAAACCAAAGUGGAUUCAGGACAUGGACAUUUGGAGAAAACUGCCACCGGACUUUAGUGUAAAACUAUACAAGUCUUCAGAUUUUAACAAAAACACAUUCGAUUUAGAAUCUGGAGACAUAAAAGGGGGCAGAAGAAAAGAUACAUUUCUCCAGGUUUCUAAACAACCUUGGGUUCUUGAAAGGAAGAGAGAAGAUCACUUCCCUUUGCUGGUACCAAAGGAAGAGCCCAUCAAAUUCCUAACCAGGUUUAAAGCUUUGGGGCCAUUAGAGGCCAGCACCUUGUUUGUGAAAAAUGGUGUUUACCCAAAAGACAGAUACAAAGACCCAAAGCCACAUGACUUUCGGCAGUAUGACGCUGGCAUACCUGAUUUCCAUACAGCAUACCCAAGGGAUCCUUUGAAUCUUAAAUUAAAAUCACAGCAUUUAAGCUAUGUUCAUGGACUUAGGCCUUUACAAGAGAAGAGUCUACCAGUUAAAGGCUUUGUCACACAUCAGCCUGCUGCACUUCCAUGGGACUCAAAUCUAAUUCUACCCAAAAAUCCCUUUCCACCCAAAUCUGCAUCAUUUACUAGACAUAGACGCCGACGUGGGGUGUACAGUGCAUUCAUGGAUCGCGUUGAAGAAAAGUUUUCAGCCAGUAAUCAAAAGCAAUCAGAGUAAAACAGAUGAAACAGAAUUGACAAGAUAAAGGGAAUGCCCUGCAAGCAAAUGGAUUGAACUGCUGCCUUAUGAUAUGCCAUGGAGCCAGUUCUAAGGAAUGUGGCAGUCAAAUUCUGACACCUACUCCUUGUGAUGUAUCCAAGGAAACCGAGGAGAAAACAAAGACACCUUUUCUGUGCACUUUGCACCCCACUGUAGUACUGCUCUGUGCAUACUUUGCAGGUGAUCUCAAAUUAGAACAGUUAUGUUUUUAAACCUUUUAGUAACUUUAAAGGAAAACCAAACCCUUGCUAAUAAAAACACCUACCCUACAUAGACGCCCCUCCCUGCUC